AUGCCUUGGCCAAUGCCGGCGCCUCCCAGUGACAACACCUCAACUCUGAUGGAAUUGGCGUCCGAUUCCUUUGCGCAGAUCGCGCCAGUCAACAGUGAGGGUCCAAGGCAACCUCCCCAAGAUCCGUCGUCCAGGAACGACAACUCGGGCGUAUCUCCCAUGCUGGAGAUUCCACAAGCGACGUCAGGCGAUUGCAGCACAUCCACCGAGAUCGGUGGUAGCGCUCGCCCAACCUCGCCCAAUGACGAGCAGACCAUCGUCUCUCCCGCCGAGCACACCAUAGCACCGGCACCUGCACUCGGCCAGCGCACCCACCCCAAGUUCACGCCCGUCGCCAUGGCAGAGCCGAUUCCGUCGACCCUUACGCCAAGAUCCAGUGGGACCUCUACUGAGUCGACAGCAUGCGGACACCCGUCCCUCGGUGUCGAGGAAGCACCUGCUUCCCAACAGGCCAGGCCUAUGCCAUCGGCCGCAGCCUCCGUGAUGGCUGUCGACCCUUCGUUCGACACCCUCCAGCCAUCUUCGCCCAAGGUGUUCUCGCCGCCAAGCUCAACACCUUCAUCGUCAAACGUGCAACAGACGGUUGGGCACAUCUCCUCGUCCCCAAGGCAAGCGGGCCAAGUCACUACCCCAUCGGCUCCCCUCAACCCUGCUCUCUCGAAUCCGACUCCAAUCAGCUCAACUCUCGGGGUAUCAACUCCAUCUAGGCUGACCCCGCUUGCCCCAGGUCGAGCACCACCCUUCCCUCGGGGUGCCGGCCCCAACACGCGCCCACCUGGCACCUCGCCGCCGAUUCGGGCGCCACCAAAGAAAGUCGACGCCUCGUCCUUCUUGAGGAAGCCUGCGGCGUCGCGUAUCAAUAAGAAGUGGGGCAACGACUCGGCAAGGCGCGCAAAUGAGCCUCCACCUGCUCUGAUUCCGAGGAACGAGCCGGUUGAGCGGAUUGAGCCUUCUGCGAGGAAGGCGAACGCGGCCAAGAACGUCGCAUUGGAGGCCGCGGCAGAGAGUGUACUGCGCACUGCCGAACAGAGGGCUGGCAUCCCCUCGCACCUACCUCGCCCAACGCCUGGUACACCAUGGCCGGAGAUGAUGCCAUCUACUGGUUCAUCGGCUCCACGGGCGGCCACACGCCCAAGGUCAGACGAGGAGCUUCAAAGGGAGCUGCUUGAGGAUAUGGAGGCCGAAUUUGCCAAGGACACGCAUCACUUCCUCAGCUGA